GUGAGGACGAUGAUAACAAAGAGGAUAGUGAGGAAGAUAAUGAUGGUGGGGUCAGUGAUGAUGAUGACAUUCUACUCAUAAGGAGAGAAGCGGAGAAUAUAAUUUUAACCCAGGAUUCUGAUGCUCCAGUAAGAUCUGCAAAAGGCGAACCCGCAAAUGUGUCCUCUGUCAUUCAUUCAGAAAGAACUCCAAACAUUUUACAGAGAGGAACACCUAAGGUACCCAACUCAAAGAGACGGUACAGUCCACUUGAUGUUAAGUUCCUUUCUACACCGAAGACCAUCCAAACACCUGGCAAUUUCCUUGGGUCUGAUGAAGAGGAUCAAGCUGAAUCUGAAACAGCUGAUGUUGCCAUCACUCAACAGUUUGAAAUCUGUAAAGAAUACUCUCUACCACUUAAAGACCAUGAAAGCGUUCCUAAACUUCUUAGCCGGUGUGCAGACGAAGUGAUCAGAUCAGGUCCAUCAUCUACUGUGCGUCCACGUCGUUCUGCUCUCAAACGGAAGUAUGAGCAUCUGAAGAUAUUGGAUGAGAGUGAAAGUGAUGACAUGUUGUCUUCUGAAUCGGAUCCACACAGUGAUGAUGAGAGAAGUUUCUGUCCAAGGAAAUUGUUCAGGAAAGAUUUACCUGAUCAGCAUACUGAAGAUGGAUCUUCUACACAAAAUGGUGAACUAGAUUUGGUGAUGGAUCUUGGCUGUGACAGUGGAAUAAAUACAGGCAUUUCAACUUACAUCCAGUCAUUUGGAAUGGACAUGCAGAAGCAACUGAAGGUUAAACAUCAACAGCUGACUGAGCUCACCAGAGGGGCACUAAGAAACACUCAGAAACACAUCUAUAAGAUCUGGACAUCUGAAAGCCAAGACAGAGGUAGAGCACUUGAACAUUUCAAAGACAAGAUGCUUGAAGAACUACUCUCCCUUGAAGCAGAUGUAACUGCUUUGAAGAAUACAGAAGAAAAAUCUUUAAUUUUCUGUCAAGAACAGUUGGAGGCAAUGAAGAAGCACAAAGUUUCACAGGAAAUAAGAUUGAGAAACCUGAAACUGCUCCAUUCAACACUUGAUGAUAACCUCAAAGAAUCUGAGGUUAAUGCUCAGAGCAAACAGCUUAACCUAAAGCAGAUUAUGAAGAAAGACAUGGCAGCCCUGCAGAAGAAACUCUUAUUGGAAUCUAAUCAACACCAAAUAUCAAAUGUCAAGAGAUGCCUCAAAAGUAUGCUGUUUUAGAAAUAUCUCCAAAUGGGAAGAAAAUCAUCAGAAUAAACGAAAAGAUACUUCAGUGGAGCAAACUGUUUUUAUUGGAUUAACUUUGGUUGAUAAAACCUCAUUCUGUCUUGCUGCGCUAAGAAGUUCUAUAAUGAAAGUUUCAUGUAUAUAACUCAUGUUCCACUGAUAUUAUCAAACCUGUAAGACAAUGUAUUUUCUGUUUAAUGUUUUUACAUACAAAUGAAAACAGAACCAGUCUGAUAGAACUUAUAAACUUACUAUCAAUUACAUUAUAAGACAAUUUCAUUGUAUUUGUAUGUAUGUAUAUUUGUGCUUACCAUAAUAAACAUGAGCAAAAUGUACCUGUACUGUACUUUUGCAUGAAAGAGUGAACUAUUUUCCAAGACUUCCAAUGUAUUUAAACUUUCUGAUGUAGGUUAUGUUGAGGAAAUUCCUUAUGUCCUAUAUAAUAUAUAUCCUGAAUUUUGAAUUACCAUUGAUUGUUAUGAUAAGCACUGUUUCCAAAAUAAAUGUGUAAUUUACAAUUUAAAUUGUUGACUGAACUUUAACACCAAUUUGGUUUUCAGGCAAUGCAAAAAGAGCUGGCAAGCAAAACAUAUGUAACUGAGCAAGAAUAAUCUUGCAGCUCUGAACAAAACACUUUCAUCUAAUAUUCUCUUGUGCAUGAAAAUUAAGAAUACAUUGAAGUCUUUUAUGUACCGGUACACCCCUAUUUAAUAGAAGAUGGAGCUGCUGAGCAGGAUUCCAACAGUUACUUUGAUCACUUAUCUAUUCUUAUAUGCUAUUUGUAUUUAUUUGAAUUUCAGGGUAUAUGUUUCUUAGUUUUAAUCUACACUUCUCAGAUUUUGCAUUACAUAUUCCCUGUUGUUCAAUAAUUGUUUCAGUGUACUACAUUAUUUGUUAUACUUCAAAGCCCAGACCUAGUUCUAGCUCAUUAUUGAAUUAGCCUUGAUUUCAUGUUCAAAACUAAUAAUCAAAGACAAAUGUCUGUAGCCAAGUGAUUCAUGCAAAUUACAUGUUUCCUAAUUUGUUGUUGUUUUGUCAUUUUGUUUUGAUCAUAUAUUUACACUUUCAUGGCUCAUGACAUUUAGUCAUGAAUUCAAAGAAAUUAUUUUGUUGCCAAUAAAUACAUAUGUUGACUC